AUGAGCGUCAUGAGCGUCCCCAACCAGGGAACCUGCGAGUUGCUGAGGGCUUUCAUCAGCCCGGACGGAGCAACACGCGGCGCGGCGGAAGAACGGCUGGAGCAGGCAAUCCGAGGUGCUCCCAACGAGCUUGUGAAGGAGCUGUUGACGGUACUGCUUGCCUUCGGCGAGAAUGGGGCUCCUGCUGAGCUUCGUUCGGAGGCAGUUGUGCUUUUAAGGCAGUGUGCCACAGACAGCAGCGAGCGCUUUUGUUGGGAUCGGCUUGAUCCAAGUGCGAAGCAGGCUGUUCAGGAGCAGAUUCUCGUGUCCCUGAUACAGGACCCAUCCAGCCCAGUAAGGCGACACGCAGGCCAUGUCAUCAGAGAGGUGGCGCAUGCCGUUGCGGAGAACUUCGAGCAGCUCAUGGAGGCAUGGCCUCGCCUUCUACCUUUCCUCUCCUCCACCAUUGGUGCAGGGGCGGAUGCCAGUCACGUAGCAGCGUGCUUACAGGUGCUGCAAGACAUUGUGGAGCUUGUAGGCGCAGAGCUUCUGAAACAGGGACCGCAAGCAGUAACUAUGCUGCAGACCUGUCUGGGCGCUCCAUCCGCAGAGGUCCAAGGAGCGGCUGCCCGAUUAGCUUUGCAGAUGGUCGAAGACUUGGAAAAGGACGUGACGGGCCCUAUAGGCGCAUUAAUGCCCACCGUCUUUACAGUCAUGAAGGGCUUCGCCGUGGCAUCGGAGCAUGAAGAGAUUCUGAAGGAAACUCUGGAAUCCUUGAUCUCGGCAGCCGAUGAGGAGCCAGAGUUUUUCAAGGAGAACGGUCUGCAGCAAGUCUGGCCACUGCUGCUGGAGAUGUGCAGAGCUGACCACUGGGGUGAUGCACAAGUCCGACAUAGUGCCAUGGAAGCGGCGAUGUCCUUCUUUGAGGGUCUUUGCGCGGACUUCUGCAAAGCUGAGGGCCAGCCAUUUCUGGAGCAGCUGAUUUUGCUCAACCUGGAAUGGAUGUUAGAGGUUGAAGAGAAUGUGGACACCUGGACUUCGAGUGCCGACAAGGAAGACGAAGAUGAGUUGGACGACGAUCUCGUGGGUAUCGGUGAAGAAAAUCUCGACCGAAUGGCCCAGCAGUGUGCAGAAAAGGAGGCUCUCGAAGAGGCCUUUAUGCCAACUCUCUUCAAGGUUCUCAGAGCAGUUUUAGCUGCACCCACCAGCACCUGGAAGCACGUGAGAUCCUGCGUGAUGGCAGUGUCGCAGGUCGUGGAGUAUAUCGAAGAGGAAGCCUGGGUGGACCAGUGCAUAGACUUUCUGGUCCCGCAUACAUCUCAUGCACAUCCUCGAGUUCGGUAUUCUGCAUUCACAGCCGUCGGCCAGACGGCCUAUGACCAUGACCCGUACGUAGCUGAGACCCACGCGGAGACUGUGCUGCCGCUGAUCUUGGCUGGAUUAGAUGACAGCAACAUUCGCGUGGCAACAAGCAGCGCGAGCGCCCUUGCCAGCAUGGAGGACAUGGAUGAAGAAGACCUCGAGCCCCACAUGCAAGAGUUGAUGACAAAGCUCUUCACCCGCCUCAAGCACAGCCAAUCGCAAGCAAUGCAGGAGACUUGCCUUUCAGCCAUUGCGGUGGUGGGAGAAGCUGCGUCUGAUCUUUUCCUGCCCUACUACAAGGAAAUUAUGCCCGCGCUGAAGGAGCUGAUUGCAAACUCGUCCAAGGAUCAUCAAAAGAGUUUGCGUGGCAAAGCCUUCGAGUGUGCCAGCCUUCUCGGAGAAGGAGUCGGCAAGGACGCCUUCGUGGACGAUGCGCAUGGCAUCAUGCAGAUUAUGGUGCACUACAUCCAAGCUGGCUUCGAAGCAGAUGACCAGACGAGGGAGUACGUGCAUGAGGCCGCUGGGCGGGUGGCCGGCGUGUUGGGCAAGGAUUUCAAGCCCUACAUGCCUGCACUGCUCCCGAGCCUCCUGAAGGUCUUGCAGCAGCAGCCGAAAGAGGUGCCAGCCUGGCCAGUUCCCGAAGACGACGACGAGUUCACCCAAGUGCUGAGUGACGGCAAGCUUCUGGGCUUGAAGACAGCGGUGCUGGACGAAAUGGGGGAGACACUGCAGCUGAUCACCUCGCUCAUGGAGGCCUUGGAGGAGGAAUUUGUGGAAUUCCUCCCCGCUACCUGUCACCAGUUGAUGCCGCUUCUGGACUUUCCCGUUUCCGAGGAUGUGCAGGACAAGGCAAAUGCGACUUGGGAACAUGUUGUCCAUUGUGCGCGCAGUGCCGCUGAAAAUGGCAAGUGCGAGCCUGCAAUAGUUGGCCAGCUUGUGGGCGAGUUCCUGAAAUGCACGGUUACGAUGAUGCUGAAGCUUCCGGAUGAUCCGAAGGAGCAUGGUCCGGCGAAUUUAUCCCAGCUGCAGGCACAAGCCUCUGCAAUGGCUGGGGUCAUCAAAAAGGCGGGCCGAAACGUCCUCUCGAAGCAGGACGUCCUCAAUCUGGUCCAGGUCCUGAAAACAUUGUUAGAACGAGUCCAGAUCGAGAACGAGCCUGCUGAAGCGGCGCCCAAGAAAAAGAACCAGGGAAAGGCGGAUGACAGCGACGAUGAGGAGAGUGACUCCGAUGAAGGCAGCGUGAGCCGCCAGUCUGUCCGCUUCAGCCUGGUCGACGUUGCCGGAGCGCUGAUGCGGGCUAGCCGUGAAGAAUUCGCAGAGGUGGGCCUCUCAAUCUUCAUGGGGCUAGUCCGUGAUCUGCUCCAGAAGGGCAGCGAUAGCGAGAGAGGUCUUGCCCUGUACAUUGCCGAUGAGGUGGUUGCGUGCUUGGGAGAGUUGAGUGUGCCCUACUGGAACACCUUCAUGGAGCACGCAUGCAACAGCAUCACUGACAAGACCGCAGUCAUCCGACAGCAUGCAGCGAGUGUUGUUGGGCAUGGAUCGCGACUGCCAAUCUUUGCACAGAUCGCUGGAGUUGCCGCAUCCCAGCUUGCCCGCGUUUUGCAGAAGCACGGCGAGAGGCAUCGAAGGCGACGAGCUGUCAACACCGAGGCCAAGCAAGUGGCGGCAUCGGUCGACGCCUCCAUCUGGGCACUCGGCAUGAUCUGCGAGCACCAGGAGAAGAACGUCGGAGGCGAUUCUACUGGGGCCUGGCAGAUGUGGCUGUCCCACAUGCCUCCGCGCUACGACAAGGAGAUUGGCCAGAAGGCGAGCGCGCAGCUUCUGGAGCUCGUGGUCAAAAACCACCCGGUAGUGACGGCGAAUGAGCAGCUGCCCAGAGUUCUCGCGAUUUUUGCAGACGUCUACAAGUCCAAGAACUCGAAUUCAGUUCUAGACAAGGAAAUGGCGUCUGCAGUGGCGCGAGCUGGGGAGGGGUCGGUGAAGGGCCUGGCGGCAAAUCUCCCAGAAAGGCCAAUGAUGCAACAUCCGUGCAGUCACUUGCCUCUGCUCGACAUAGCGAGGAGUAAGGCUUCUAGUAUCAUUCCUGGGCUGUGA